ACCUGGGGGACUCUGAGCCCAUAGCAGCAGACCACCAGACCAGAUUCAUGACAGCCUGGAGAACAUCUGCUAAACUCACUGGCAUCCAGAUCAACUCACACACCAGCUAGGACAACAAGCUAAGAGUUUGUAGCUGUUGAAAGGAGAGCGAUAACUUGGCUGUGUAUGGUGCGUUGAAGAUGGACCCUGUUGAGGGUCUCGUCAUCAUGGAUGAGAUGGAGGACAAGACUUCUGUGCCUUCAGAUGAGAGUGAUGUUGAAGCUGACCUAAGACGAUCAUCCAAGAUCCAGCCAGAAAACAGAAGAACAUCUAGAUGGAAGAAUGGUCAGUGUGUGCUGGCAGUACCAACCUCCUCCAUGCUGAGCCCCAGGUUUGAUCUGUCGCUCUGCAGGGCUCUGCUGGAGAAGGACGGCUUCCAGAUUCCUGUAGCAGACUUUGAGACACCUCUGGAUAUAGCACUGGACAUGCCCUCGGUCAGGAGAUACCUGUUCUUUAACUCUUCUCUCUUCCACUUCAUCAUGGCACCGAUUCUAUAUGUGGUGAUAUGGUGUGCUGUGUUCUCCACUCUUCAUCUCUAUCUCUCGGUCACUAACUACUGGGUCCUCUGCCUGUCUGUCAGUCUGGUCUCCAUCUUACUCACCACAGCCAUCAUCGUCAUCCUCCACUAUAGUAACAAGGAGAUAAACAUCAACAUCGACGUGCGACUCAUCCAGGUGAAUGAGAGGCUGAGCCAACAUAUGCUGCUAGUGGGCGUGGCUGACUGGGUGCAGAACUGCACUGGAACUCUACAGCUGUUCAUUGUGUACUGGGAUACGGCCCACUGCUUGAGGGCACUGACUGAAACUCUAGAGGAGAUGAGCUUUGUCGGAGACGAGGCCCAGAAGAGACUCAAGAAGAGAAUGUCCCACCUUGUCCUGGUGACAGAGGUCAUGACCCUUGACCCUGUGGCGGUGGGGUCAAGUGUUCAUGAAGGUUCUGAUGAGGAAAGGCCCCUCUUGGUGAACGAUGAGGAGACUGAACGCAGUACCUCAACCAGCCAGAGGGAGGACACCAAACUCACCACUAACUACAUUUUGGUACCGGACCAAAUACUACCAGCUCAGGCCAAAGCACUCCAACUUCUACUGACCUACGGUGCGGUUUAUGUCAAGCUGUUGGUGUCGGAAAAGCUGCCAAACUCCACACACCGCCCCCUACACCCCAGGAUGAAUCACUGCACCACCGCCUCCCUUUGUCUCUGUCAGUAUAUAAAAACCAAGGUCCUACAAUUAUAAGACGGGGACACAGAAAAGCUGAUGCAUUCUACUUAUAAUAAUAUGUUACUGUAGGACAAUAGAAUAUUUGCACUGACAAUGUAAAAGUCACGAUUUAAUACCCACUUUUGUGUACAUUUUGCAUUAAAUUAUACAAAAUGUACACAAAAGUACACACUAUCUUUAAGAGUUGUGUCCUUAUAUAGACAGGGAUAUUAAUUUACUUUGAUAAGGUACAUGCUACAAAACAUUUUGGGAGUGCAUUUAGAUAAACAGGGCAAAGUAUGAAGAGAUUUUGGGGAGAUAUAAAAAGAGAGAGUGGGGGCAGGAGAGGACAGAUUCAUUGAUGCAGAGAGAAAGUAUUAAGCUCAAGGGGUCAACAUGAAUCAUUGGUCUUGGCUGACUGCACAGCUACACCGGAGGAGCAUGUGGCACACAGUUUCAUUCAUUACCCAUGGUUAUUAAUCAGCCUUGACGCAACUGCUGAGGUGAUUGGCUCAUACGUAUCCUGUACUCAGCACGAUGACACAAACACACACAGGGAGCGACAGUGCAGGUCCGCUCAGGGGAGGCAGGUAUGUGUAGCCGAACAGAGAUGCAUGUUGCGACAGACCAAGUAAAACGAUCGCAGAGACGCUGGGACGCUCUUUGGGAGGCUAAAUGACCAUCUGUGAUCCUGCAGACACAGUCUGGCCUAGUCCCACCACCUCCCUCUCUAUCUCUAUCUCAGAGGAGGCUGGUGGGAGGAGCUAUAGGAGGCCGGGCUCAUUGUAAUGGGUGGAAUGGAAUAAAUGGAAAGGAGUCAAAUGUGGUUUCCAAAUGUUUGAUAUGUUUGAUACUGUUACAUUGAUUUCACUAUUACAAUGAGCCCGUCCUCCUAUAGCUCCUCCCACCAGCCUCCUCCCACCAGAUAUUGAGUGAUAGUUCAUGUUCUCACAGGGAGAGAAAGAGAGAUACAGGGAUGGAGGAAUCCGGGCCAACUAUAAAUAAGCACCUAAGAGAUGUAGGGAGAGGAAAGGCCACAGAGAGAGAGUGAAAGACAGAGAGAAAGACAGAGAGUGAGAUAGAUGUAGAGUACACAUCACUGUUACCUAGUCUUGCACAAAAGACAAUGUAUUUUAUUCAAACAACUGAAUUCAUACACAACAAAUGCAUGUGUAACAUCCAUGAACAGAAAUAAACCCCAAGAAAAGUACAUGUACACUGUGAUUCGACCAGCCACUUUGAAAAUGCAAAUCCAUUUCAUUUACGAGCUCUGAGAAAAGGUAUCAAUACUGCAAAGAAGCAGUAGCAUUUGCCCAGCCUGUCAUCUUAAAUGACAUAGAACCGCCUUACAAAACAAGUAUGUGGGGAGAGCACAGUGUAGAUCUAAACACAACUAGAUAUGCUAGGAGUGAGUCUAAAAAGCAUACGCACAUUCCAUACCAAUACUUCUCUUGUAUAGAGGUGAGUAACAGCACUACAGGUCACAGUCCUGUGCUUACUUUGCACUCAACAUAUUUCUAGAAUACUGUGUUAUCAGAAUAAGAACAUAUUGUCCACAUACAAUGUACAUUAUAAAUACAGUAAUGAUAAUCAAAUGUAAAAGUGAUUACAAUGUACCAGAAUAAUAGUAAUAACCAUAGUAAUAAUAAUAAUGUUUAUAAUACUUUUGGAAUAAAACUUCAUACACCCUAAUACAAUA